AUGAAGGUGUUAUAUUUCACAAUAUUAUUGGCGAUAACAUCUGUACCGUCACGCUGUCAAUUCAAAAACAGGGUGGGCAAGUUUGACGAAGUAUUCGCUUGGAAACAACUUACUUUUGACAUUAAUGGAAUCGAAGUACUUGAAGAUCGGUUUUCUGAAGAUGACCUAGCAGGCAGAGAUAGAAGAUCAACAGAUAAUAUUUAUUUCGAUGACAAAGAUAAUGAGGAGCAAAAGGUUUGGGAUAAAAGACCGUCACUUUCUUCACAGCAGCCUGUGUACAACAAUCCUAUAGACACGCCGAGUUCUGCACCGAUAAACCCAAAUGAUGAAAUCGGACGGUUCUUCGUGCAAUACAAUAACGUUCCGAUGGGGGCUGAAAGAGUUGAUGAUCGUGUGUUUAUCACAAUCCCACGGCGAAGAUAUGGUAUACCGGCAACACUGAACUACAUAGACUUGAAUCUCCAUGGGAACAGCCGUUCCCCUCCACUCUCUCCAUACCCCGACAUGGAGAGAUCCAGGUCUUUGAUAUCCGUGUACAGGACGCGAGCUGACGAAUGUGGACGACUGUGGAUGGUAGACACUGGAGUCAUCGAGAUACCAAAUAAUCCACAGUACCUUCGACCACCUGCAAUUGUGGUGUACGAUUUGAAAACGGACAAACAGAUUCUUCGAUAUCAAUUCAAGAGUUCAGAUAUACCUACUAAUAGAACUGCUACAGGCCUGGCCUCGAUCACCGUGGUUAUCAAAAACGGUGACUGCAGCGAUGCGUAUGCUUACGUACCGGAUUUGCAGACGUUUGGUCUGAUCGUCUACUCCUUGAGAGAAAAUGAUAGUUGGAGACAUCAACACAACUACUUUCAUUUCAAUCCGACUUCUGGGAGUUUAAGGGUUGCAGGUCAUUCAUUUAUGUGGAAUGAUGGAAUCUUCAGCGUGGCUGCGGGACAACCAGGACCUGAUGGAUGUCGCCCGGUCUACUUCCAUCCCAUGGUCAGCCACCAAGAGUUCUCUGUGUCUUCGUGUGAGCUGGAGAAGAGACAAGCUAACGAGACUGCCUUUGAGGUGGUUGGUGAUCGUGGUACUGACAGCCAAAGCACUAUGCACGAUAUGCACGGCGCCUCAAAGGUAAUGUUCUUUGCUGAAGUGGGGAGAGACUCCAUAUCCUGCUGGAAUACUGAUAUGCCACUCCGUCCAGACAACAUGGCUAUGCUCGCCCGUGAUAGCUCCAAACUGAGUUAUCCAUCAGAUUUGCAUGUGACUGACAACGAAGUAUGGGUGACAUCCAACACGCUGCCGCGUUUCAUAUUCUCAAGAUUCAACCCUAAUGACUAUAAUUUCUUCGUGUACAAGGCAAAUGUCGACAACAUUUUGGCUGGAACUGUCUGUGAGGGUGCUAAAUCCGAUUCUUCUCUUUAUCAUAAUUACGGUGGAUAUUAUAACAAAAAUAAAUAUGCCUAA